GGCGCAGUGAUCGCGUUGCUGCGUUAGUUGCCCGCAUAUAAAAUGGGACACCGGGACUGCGGCGACACAGUGAACCAAGAGGCAACGGGUACGACGUGGGUACUGCAGUGAAUAGGACAACGUGGCAACAACCGCAACAGUUUAACCACCACAACAAGCAUCAUCUACAAACAACCGCCUUACAGCACUGUUUGUCAUGGCGCUCAAGAGAAUCCACAAGGAAUUAAAUGACCUCGGAAGGGACCCCCCAGCGCAGUGCUCGGCAGGGCCCGUGGGAGAUGACUUGUUCCACUGGCAAGCGACCAUCAUGGGGCCAAACGACAGUCCGUACCAAGGAGGGGUGUUCUUCCUCACUAUCCACUUCCCUACAGACUAUCCCUUCAAACCGCCAAAGGUAGCGUUCACGACACGCAUAUACCAUCCAAAUAUCAACAGUAACGGGAGCAUCUGCCUCGACAUCCUGAGGUCUCAGUGGUCACCGGCGCUCACCAUCUCAAAAGUGCUGUUGUCGAUCUGCUCGCUGCUCUGUGACCCCAACCCAGAUGACCCCCUGGUUCCAGAGAUUGCACGAAUAUACAAAACAGACCGAGAUAAAUAUAACAAACUAGCCAGAGAGUGGACGCAGAAGUACGCCAUGUGACCCAAUGCACGGCCCUCCCCCCACCAAGUCCGCUUCAGACCUCCACGUUGUGCACAUUUUUAUAACUCAUCGGUUAUUUCCACCUCCACCGCCCCCCAAUUUGAGCCAUCCGUCUCUGACAUCACCCCCACCCCCCCCCCCCUUGACGACGUCUUUCCUCCGCUCAGCCACCCUCCCCAGCGUGUCUUAUGUUCUCGUUUGUCUGUUCCGUUGCUCGAUUUUGUGUGUAUAAUAUCCCUUCUGUACAUUUCUGUAAUAAAAUGAACAAAGUUUGUCACAAUUUUGUUGUAAAAUACUUGACGUCUGUCUGUAGAAAAAAAUAAUAAUACAAAAACCCAAUAAAGUACAACAGAAAACA